AUGGAGUAUAAAUCACCGCUCAGAGCCGAUGUUUACGUGUCUUCACGGCUGCCAAUUGCCAUUCAGAGGAACGGCGAGCAGAGCCUAUUCUCGCCGAUAUCGUGUACGUUGAUCCAUGGACCAACGGAAGCGGUCCUUGUCGAUACACCUAUCUCAAUAGCCCAGACAGAAGAUCUCAUCGGUUGGAUCAAAGAAAUCAUUGGGGACAAGCCGCUCAAGUACAUUUACAUUACGCAUGGGCACGGAGACCAUUUCUUUGGAAUCACCGUUUUGAAAAAAAAUUGGCCAGAUGUCCGAGCCAUUGCCACCCCAGGAACUGUUGCUCACAUGAAGCAACAGCUCGAGCCCGAAUGGUGGACUGGCGUGUGGCUCAAGUUCUUUCCAGGUGAUCAGAUUGCGACGCCUGUCACCAUCGCUGAUCCAAUGGAGACCGACACGUUCUAUGUAGACGGGCACCUUGUUCAUGUUAUCGAGGUCGGACAUACGGAUACGUUUAACACGACGAUUUUGCACAUUCCAGGUCUCGAGUUGGUAGUCGCGGGCGAUGCAGUGUACGGAGAUGUACACCAGUAUUUCGGAGAGGCGGACACGAGUGAGAAGAGAAUGGAAUGGAUCAAAGCCAUUGAAAAGAUUGAGGCUCUGAACCCCAAAGUUGUCAUUGCAGGACAUAAGAGGCCUGGGUCGGUCGACGGGGCGUAUUAUCUUCAGUCAACAAAGGAGUAUAUCAGAGUUUUUGAGGAGAUAGUGAGAGCGUCAGAUACUGCUGAGGAGAUUGUAUCCCAGAUGGAAACCAGGUAUCCAGACCGGAUCAAUCCUCAUGCCAUUCUCGCGGGAGCCUUUAGGGCAAUCGAGGCGAGACAGAUGUAG